AUGCCUAGUCAACAGCCCUUGAUUGACUCUGGCCCCCCGCUUCAAGGACGGAAUACUAUUCCAUCUUUGUUGCCAACUCUGUCGCUGAGUUCCAAGAUCUACAAAGCGGUGAUAUCGCCGUUCCAAAAGCUCCAGUUGCUCUUCCCAAGAGUGUCUGGAACAUUGGACGUGAACUUCGCAACACAAGAUGGACAUCAGCUGCUACAUCUGAAAGCUGAAAUUGGUGGACCAAGCAAAGAUUUUACUACGACAAACUGCGCUACUACAGCAUUCCAUAAGUUCAACAAACUUCCUGUUGAGCUGCGAAUAACAAUAUGGAGAUUGUCUUUCCGAAAGCCAAGGAUCUUUAGAUUUGGGCCUAUUCCUGAACAUAACGAAACAGGAUGCAUACGAAUCAUACUUCCUCACAAACCUCCAGCUUCUGCGCAAGCGUGUCGCGAAUCUCAGGCUCUUUUCAAAGGGGAAGCCAGACAGUUAUUCGGACUGAACAUCGGCAUUUACAAAAGCCUUUGGUUGCUACCAUCUACGGACAUUGUCUAUUGGGACAAGGAGAUGGUAUGCAGGUAUUUACUGCCUGGUACGGAUGAAAUUGACGACGUUUGGAACGUUGCGGUGAAAUGGCCCGGUAUAGAAGAGUCCGACGUCAAACUAGAUCGGCUGCUCGAAGAUGUUCGAAAGAUGUUUCCAGACUGUAAGAGACUCAUGUUCGUUAUGAGACACCAGCCUCUGGUCGAUACUGAUAUCAGUUUUAUCCAAGUCAAAGACGAUGACGAGAUGCACAUUCGUUGGCAUGGAGACUGGAGCUCAUGGGGUGACAUCAGGCGAGAUAUUCAUGAGUAUUGGCCAAAGUAUGAUCACGAGGAUCAUACUGUGGUACCAAUGAUGGAGGCUGUUGAGGUGAUGCGUGUUCGUGAUGGAACUCAAUCCCCUUGA